CUUUUGCUAAGUAGAGUUCCCUUUCCCUGGAGUCGAGAGUGAGUCACAAACUGUUCUGUCCUAAAGUAAUCGCACCUACAGGAAAUUUGGCUUAGCAACCUUUUUAUUUUUAUUAUCGUUGUUUAAUUAAUAGUUGCAAUGCGCAAGUGGUGCUGCUCACUUGUAAAAUUAGCAUAUUCUUUAUUGCCUCAAGAAUCACAUGAUUAUUGUUGAGGAAGCACUUCAUUACAGUACAAUUUUUCUACUUACAGUGUCUUUCUUUUAAUUUCAUGUUCUCUUAUUUGAUUACUCGGUUGCUUGCGGGUGAAAGUUGUCUUGCAAUUGCUUGGAGUUUCUUCUGUUUCUAGCAAAUUCUGUUAAUUAAGAUGGUUUGUUUGGAUAAUUGCAGGCAAGACGGGCUCUGAGGGCCUUGAAAGCACGAGUGAGGCUUCAAGCUAUAUUUCGUGGUCGGCAGGUGCGAAAGAAAGCAGCUGUGACACUGAGAUGCAUGCAAGCUCUUGUCCGGGGUCAUACUCGAGUAAGGGCUCAGACUGUGAGCAUGCUUGAAAAUAAAGCUGCACAGAACUCGUUGACUGAAUACAUGAGCCAAACUGAUCUCUCCGAGCAGGCGGAGAAAGGAUGGUGUGAUAGUCCAGGAACAGUGGAUGAGGUUACGGAAAAGUUACAAAUGAGGAAAGAGGAGCCAUUAAGAGAGAGAGAGCAAUUGCAUAUUCCCUCUCUCGACAGAAAUCAAGAUCUUGCGCAAGCCCAUAUUGUAGAAGGACAAGCAAGUCAGCAUUGUCUCUUAAGAAUCAGUCACAGAAUAACAGCAGCCCUGGAUGGAGCGGUCUGGACCAUUGGAUGACAACCAAGCCAUGGGAAAAAAGACUGGUGGAAGAAUUUCAUACCAACUCAUCAGAGAUUCAACUUUCCAGGAAAAGUGAAGAUAAUAUUGCCAGCUUCUAUUUUUCUAAACACGACUCCGUAAAAUUGAGAAAAAACAUUGUUGCAAGCAAAAUUCUUGCUAAAUCUCCAGCUGUCAAUCACGUUACUUGCUCGUCUUCAGCACCGAGUUCUGAAUGCCAAUACAAUGAGAGCUCGGUAUCAACUUCAUCUACAUCUCCCUCUCCAAUACCAUUUUCAAUGGACAUGUUAGUGGCAGACAGAGUACAAGGGAGAUAUAGCCAAAAAACUGCCUACAUGAAUCUGACUAAGUCAAAUAAGCUCCAGGCCAAAAAACAGCAGGUAUUCUUCUCAAAAUAUUCACAGGCAGAUAAUAGAGGAUAAGUUUCUUAGGAAGUCAAUGGAACUUUUGAAUGAAGACUCUAAGAGCAGUGCUGGUUCCAAUCCUUCAUUUAAUUUGUCCAGGGAUCUUUACCCACCAAUGUCAUCGGGUAGACUUGAUGAGAUGAGAAACCGAUGAUUCUAAGGAGAGAUCAAAUGGCUGCUUGUUCAUCAACUACUUGUGUGUUUUAGCAAUAUUCAGUAGUUCAAUUUCUUAGUUCAACUGCUUGUUUUCGUUAACGAUUCUGAAGUCAUUCAAGUGACAGAGAGAUUCACAUCAAAGAAUUGUUAUCAGAACCAGGUGUAGUACAUGUAACUGAGGUAUAGAUGUAUGAAAUGAUAAUGGCAUAUAAUAGAAAGAAACUACUUCUGUUUAUACUGAAGUGGUCCAUAGGAUUUUACAGUGCUUUAUUUAUUUAUUUUGAAAACCAUGUUCCAAAAGCCCCUUGGUCCUGCAUGGCUUGGUUUGGACCAAUCAGCCAGGGUUCAAGCUUUGGUAGCAGCAGCAAAGCAAACUGUGUUCCACGAAGCCCAAAGUUUUUAAGAAAGCUGUUGAAGAUACGUAUUAUGUAUGUAAAGUCUCAUUGUCACUGAUUGGGAAUUGAAUACUUGUAACUAAUGUAUGCUUGUAAUUAUGGUGCAAAAAUGGAGAUCGAAGAGUGAUGUUGUGUGCUUAGUACUAAUAAUUAUAAAUUU